AUGUCGAGGGCCAGGCAUUCUGAGCAACUGAGUCGCUCCUUACUUCCUACCCUGCCUGCCUCAUCGCCCUGCCUGCCCUGCCCGCCUCACCGCCCUGCCUCACCUCCCUCCCACUCUGCCUCACCGCCCGCCUCACCGCCCUGCUUCACCGCCCUCCCGCCCGCCCUGCCUGCCCUGCCCGCCUCAUCACCCUGCCUCACCGCCCUGCCUGCCCUGCCCGCCUCACCGCCCUGCCUCACCGCCCUCCCACUCUGCCUCACCGCCCGUCUCACCGCCCUGCUUCACCGCCCUCUCACCCGCCUCACCGCCCUGCCUCACCGCCUCUCCUCCCGCUCCUGCCUCCUUCACCGCCCUCUCACCCGCCCCACCGCCCUGCCUCACCGCCCUCCUCCCCCGCCUGCCUCACCGCCCUGCCUCCGCCCCUGCCUCAUCGCCUCUCCCUCCGCCCGCCUCCCGCCCUGCCUCACCGCCCUCUCACCCGCCUGUCGCCCUCUCAUCCGCCACCGCCCUGCCCUCACCGCCUCCCGCCCUCCCUCCCUCCCGCCCUGCCUGCCCUGCCUGCCUCACCGCCUCCCGCCCGCCUGCCUCACCAUCUCCCGCCCGCCCUGCCUCACCGCCUCUCUCCCGCCCGCCCUGCCUGCCCCUGCCCGCCUCAUCGCCCUACCUCACCGCCUCUGCCUGCCCUGCCCGCUCAUCGCCCUGCCUCACCGCCUGCCUGCCCUGCCCACCUCACCGCCCUGCCUGCCCUGCCCACCUCACCGCCCUGCCUGCCCUGCCCACCUCACCGCCCGCCUGCCCUGCCCGCCCCUCACCACCCUCCCCUCCCACCCUGCCUCACCGCCUGCCUGCCCUGCCCACCUCACCGCCCUGCCUGCCCUGCCACCUCACCGCCCUGCCUGCCCUGCCCGCUCACCACCCCCUCCCUCCCACCCUGCCUCACCGCCCUCCCGCCCGCCCCCUGCCUCAUCGCCCUGCCUCACCGCCCCCUGCCUGCCUCAUCGCCUGCCUCACCGCCUCUGCCUGCCCCUGCCACUCAUCGCCCUUCUGCCUCUCACCGCCCCUCCGCCGCUCUGCCUCAUCGCCCUGCCUCACCGCCUGUUGCACUGCCCACCUCAUCACCCUGCCUCACCGCCCUGCCUGCUCCUGCCCACCCUCACGCCUGCCUCACCGCCCUGCCUGCCCUGCCCACCUUAUCGCCCUGCCUCACCGCCUCUCACCCGCCACCGCUUCUUUCACCGCUUACCGCCUGCCUCACCGCGCCCUCCCUCCCGCCCUGCCUCCCCGCUUCUGCCUCACCGCGCCUCACCCGCCCGCCUCAUCCGCCUCUCACCCGUCUCACCGCCUCUCACCCGCCUCACCGCCCCUGCCUGCCCUGCCCACCUCACCCGCCAUGCCUGCCCUGCCCACCUCACCUCCCCCCGCCCUGCCCUGCCCGCCUCACCACCCUCCUCCCACCCUGCUCCUCACCGCCCUGCCUGCCCUGCCCACCUCACCGCCCUGCCUGCCCUGCCCACCUCACCGCCCUGCCUGCCCUGCCCGCCUCACCACCCUCCCCUCCCACCCCUGCCUCACCGCCUCCCCGCCGCCCCUGCCUCAUCGCCCUGCCUCACCGCCCUGCCUGCCCUGCCUCAUCGCCCUGCCUCACCGCCUGCCUGCCCUGCCCACCUCAUCGCCUGCCUCACCGCUCCCGCCCGCUCUGCCUCAUCGCCUGCUCACCGCCCUGCCUGCCCCGCCCACCUCAUCACCCUGCCUCACCGCCUGCCUGCCCUGCCCACCUCAUCGCCCUGCCUCACCGCCCUGCCUGCCCUGCCCACCUCAUCGCCCUGCCUCACCGCUCUCUUCUCCUCUCACCCGCACUCACCGCCUCCACCCGCCUCACCGCCUGCCUCACCAGCUUCUUCCUCCCGCCUGCUCUCACCGCCCUCUCACCCGCCUCCCCACCCUGCCUCACCGCCCUCUCACCCGCCUCCCCCGCCUGCCUCACCGCCCUCUCACCCGCCUCACCGCCCCUCUCACCCGCCUCACCGCCCUGCCUGCCCUGCCCACCUCACCACCCUCCCUCCCACCCUGCCUCACCGCCCUGCCUGCCCUGCCCACCUCACCGCCCCUGCCUGCCCUGCUCCCCUCACCGCCCUGCCUGCCCUGCCCGCCUCACCACCCUCCCUCCCACCCUGCUCUCACCGCCCUCCCGCCCGCCCCUGCCUCAUCGCCCUGCCUCACCGCCCCUGCCUGCCCUGCCUCAUCGCCCUGCCUCACCGCCCUGCCUGCCCUGCCCACCUCAUCGCCCUGCCUGCCCUGCCCACCUCAUCGCCCUGCUCUCACUGCCCUCUCACCCGCCUCACCGCCCUCUCACCCGCCUCCCGCCCUGCCUCACCGCCCUCUCACUCCGCCUCACCGCUCUCACCCGCCUCAUCGCCUCUGCCUCACCGCUUCUGCCUGCCCUGCCCGCCUCAUCGCCCCUGCCUCACCGCCCCUGCCUGCCCUGCCCACCUCACCGCCUCCCCCGCCCGCCCCUGCCUCACCGCUCCUGCCUCACCGCCCAUGCCUCCCGCUUCGCCCCUGCCUUACCACCCUCCCGCCCGCCUUCUGCCUCAUCACCCUGCCUCACCGCCCUGCCUGCCCUGCCCACCUCAUCGCCCUGCCUCACCGCCUCUGCCUGCCCUGCCCACCCUCAUCGCCCUGCCUGCCCUGCCACCCCUCAUCGCCCUGCCUCACCGCCCUGCCUGCCUGCCCACCUCACGCCCUGCCUCACCGCCCUGCCUCAUCGCCCUACCUCACCGCCUCCCGCCCGCCCUGCCUCACCGCCUCUGCUCACCGCCCCUACCGCCCGCCUGCUCUGCCCUGCCCCUGCCUCACCGCCUCCCACCACGCCUCACCGCCCUCCCGCCUGCCCUGCCUCACCGCCCUCCCGCCCGCCCCUGCCUCACCGCCCUCCCGCCCGCCUGCCUCACCGCCACUGCCUGCCCUGCCCACCUCAUCGCCCUGCCUCACCGCCCUGCCUGCCCUGCCCACCUCAUCGCUAAGCCUCACCGCCCUGCCUGCCCUGCCCACCUCCAUCGCCCUGCCUCACCGCCCCUGCCUGCCCUGCCCACCUCAUCGCUAAGUCUCACCGCCUGCCUGCCCUGCCCACCUCAUCGCCCUGCUCUCACCGCCCUGCCUGCCCUGCCCACCUCAUCGCCCUGCCUCACCGCUCUCUGCCUGCCCUGCCCGCCCUGCCACCCUGUCGUCCCCGCCUGA